ACACUUCUUACAUUUUAUAUAAGCAAUGUAUCACAUUGUUAUUUUUGAGAAAACUAAUGAAGUAGAAGUGGUACCAUCCAAGUGGGUCAACGGAAAAGAAUGUAUGUGUCCACCAAACAAAGGGGAUGUUGUUAAGGCCACAAAAAGCCAAGAACAACCUGGAUGAGGCUGGAAACCAUAUAGGGUCCAAGUUAUAUUCACAGCAAACCGAUUGAACUGCCUAGUGCACCAAAGAUUCUCCAUGCAUUUGGCCCCAAUCCCCAAGGGAAUGAUUCUGGGGAGAAUGCUGUCUUACCAACAGGAAAACCACGAGUGCACCAUACUCCUAAGCUGGACCAGAAACACUGUGCAUCCCUUAGCCUGCACCAGAGAAAGACUGUUUCCUCUGAGCAACAUCAACUGAUAAGGAGACCACAGAUCAGUCUUCAUAUAUCACUCCUGCGACAUAUUCUCACAAAUCAAGAGACGAUAAUGGAUCAAAUGAAAAUAAUUUUCACAACUGUCCAGGGAUUGAUAUCUGUAGCUAAAGAAGAGAUAGGUGUUGAACCAAAUCUGCUGCCAUUAGCAGAUCGCCAGUUUGUUGAAAACCUGGAGGAGCGGCUCAGAAACAGUCCUGACCUCAAAGUACAGUGCCCUUGCAGCUUUUCAACAAGUCAUGAAUUCUAAAGUCAUUUCAGUCUGCACUCUGCCUUUUAUAACACCGACCACCAUCCUUCUGGCAUCACCAUGAUCAUAAUCAAAACAAUGUGCAUAAUGGGAGCGGCCUUCACUUCUGGCUAAUGUCCACUAGUUUCCCAACCUCUCCAGUAUGUUGUUUUUAAUCAAAUGUUCUCUGGCAUAGUUCUUUCUCCACACAUGCAAAGUCUCAGAAAGGAAAUCAGACCUUUUUCCACUGGGGAAACAGUAUUUAAGGCGACCGUCAGCCUCUACCCCUCACAGAGCAUUCAUUGAGGUCAUUCUAGCUUUUCUCACUUUAGCCUAUUUCCAUCAUCUUAGCCAUAAAAAAACAGGAUAUUUUCAAACACCAGCAUCAUCUUGGCAGAGGAAGCCCACAAUGUCCAGCAUGAUUAAAGUGUUUCUGCUCCUGGCUGUCAUGGUCUGCAUCUCCAAAGCUCACGCCAAUGAAUCAGAGAAUCAGUGUCUGUGUCAGCGUGUCAGGGCAAAUCUCAUCGGCAAAUCUCCAGUCAAGGACAUCCAGAUCUACCCAGCAACCAUCUUUUGUGACAGAGUGGAGAUUGUUGUCACCACCAGCAACAACUUCCGCUAUUGCUUGAACCCCAGUUUGGACAAAGUGAAAAGACUCCUGAAUAAAAUCAUAAAGAAAGUGAACACCACUACUACAGCCAUCCCACAUAACCUCACUACCAGCACCAACACAGCUCGCGCCUGACUCCAGACUUAGAUAAACUCCGUUGAUCAGCAAGAAGCUCUUAUGACCUCUGAUCCUCUGAUGAGCUUUCCAAAAAAGUGGGAACAUUUUUUAAAAUGCAAAAAUAAAA